AUGGACGAAGGAUCCGCAGAUUGGGCGCUUUGGCGCCAAGCGCCUCGCCUCCUCACCGUCGUGUUGGCGGCCUUGCCACUGCUGGAGGCUUUGCGGCUGCUGCGCGCCCUGCGACACCAUCAGGUCGAGACGAAUGCCUUCCACUUCACUUGCGUGAUCGCUGCGUGCGGCACUGUGAGCCAUUGGUGGCAAGCCUUGCAACUUCUGCAGAGUGCAGAAGAGCAAGAGGUGGCGCCGACUGCUGUGAGCUGCGCUGGCGUCCUGAGCGUUUGCGAAAAGGCUACAGGUCGGUGGCCAACUUGCUUGGAGAUCUGGAGGAGCAUGCCGAAGUGGCAAGUGAAUCCCAGCCUCAUGGCCUUAAGCUCAGCGGUCAGUGCGUGUGGCAAGGGACUUCAGUGGGACUUGGCAUUGCAGACCUUUUCCUCUGGGACAGUGCACGAUGUGGUGAGCUACAGCUCCAUGAUCAGUGCCUGCGGAGAGUCUGGCCGGUGGGAAUUGGCCUUGGAGAUUCUGCGAAAGAUGAUCCAGAGCCGGACGAAUCCCAACAUCAUUGCCUACAAUGCUGUGAUCUCUGCUCAUGUAAAGGGCCACCAGUGGCAACGAGCAUUGCAUCUAUUUUGGAUUCUGGAGGCGAAGCCGCCGAGCUCGGAGCUUUCACCGGCGAGCCGAGCUCUCCCACGACCGACUGUCGUCACUUUCAGUGCAGCGAUCAGUGCCUGCGACCGGUGGUGGCAAGCCUUGCAGCUCUUGACCCUCAUGUUUGCUCGCGCUUUGUCGCCCACCACGGUCACCUUCAAUGCAGCGAUUGCCGCAGCCGAAAAGGCGCAGGAAUGGCAAGUUGCACUUCUCCUCCUGGCUGACAUGCUGAAACAGCAGGUCUUGCCGUCAGUGGUGAGCUUCAGUUCAGCGGUGAGCGCCUGUGAGAAGUCUCUUCGAUGGGAGAUGGCGCUUCGAUUGAUGGACUGGAUGCGCAGCGAGAGCGUGCUCGCGAAUCAAGUCACCUACAAUAGCGUGAUCAGCGCCUGCGAAAAGGGGCAGCAGUGGCAGCAGGCAAUGCUGUCGCUUUGGAGCAUGCCAAAAGCUCUGGUGGACCAGGAGCUCCGAAGCUUCGGUGCCGCCUGCGCUGCCGGCGCGCGCGCCUGGCGUUGGCGCGUGGCGCUGGCGCUGGCGCAGCGGGGCGAUGGGAUGGCUCGGAGCGGGGCAGUGGAAGCGGCCGCAAAGGCAAUGGCCUGGUGCUGGGCAUUGUUUCUUUGUGAAUCUUGCAAUGGUGCCAUGGCAAGAAGCCUGACGCUGGAGGCGUGUGCGGCGUCGGGCCGUGUAGUGCAGCUGCCACCCUUACUGAGUAGCCUGGAAAGAGCUUCCAAGAUGGAGGCGCUUUUCUGCACGGCGGAUGCACGGGCGGAUGCAAUCCUAUAUUCCACUAGCCAAGCAAGUAUGCAGAUCUAUGAUCUCCGGGGAGACCCCCGGACAGCGGAGCGACAUCGACGCACCUCCUUGAAGUUGCAGCACGAGGGCGCCGAGCUCUGGGAAGCCUUGCGCCAGUACCGAGAAAAGGCCCAGCGAGAUUGUGAGGCCGUGGUCUCAAAGCAGGACUUGGCCAAAGAGGAGUUACUCCAGGCCUUCAAGUCGCGCGACAGCACGCGCUACUUGGUGGCGCUGGAGGCUGCCCUUGAGGCGGAAGUGGAGCCUCAGGACAUUCCCUGUGUCUACAGCCUCCACCGAGUUUCAGGAUCUUUCGAAGUUCAUAAGAUUGAUUUGAGGAGGCGGACCUUCAGCGCGCAGCUGUGCUUCAUCUUAGACUACACCAGCAGUAUGAAGACUCAGGUUCAGGAGGUGAAGUCGGCCGUCCCCCGCAUCAUCGAGGCGGUGCGCCAGCUCCACUUGCCCUUGACGCCCAAUGCGCGCGUGGACCUGGAGAUGAGCUGUGUGGCCUACAACGACUGGGACGAAGACACCUUUCGUCUGGGCCGGCCAGUGGUUGCGAUCUUCCAAGGGCAAGAGAUUCGACACGCACAUGGAGAGCCACUGCUCAGGGAGGAAGACUUCAAUCUGGGCGGUGAGUUUACCAGGAAGGCGGAAGCCUUGGAGGCUGGUGGCGGGGCCCGACCGGACCAUCGGCCAGACGAGGCCUACAGCGCGGUGGCGCACGACGUCUUCUGCGACCGCUCGACGGGGCUCACCUGCAGCGGAUGCCCGGAGGUGCCCUUGCGGCGCCUGCGCGAGCAAGGUGUGCAGGUGGCGAUCUUCCAUACAGGAGAAGGCGGGAAGGAGGUCGGAAGGCGACCGGUGUGGGGUGUAAGGAACGAAAGGGACGAAAGAGACCACACGAUCCAUCCGAUCCAGAUAGUGAUAGGCCGCAAAAAGCCUCUUCCAUUCACCGGAGCCUUCCAUCCUCCAGGCCCUGCAGUGUCGAUGUGUGAAAAGCUGUGUGCCUCGGAGCCGGACCUGAUCCAUGAGAAGGUGGAUCCAUCGGCGACAGCUCAGAAGCUGGUGAAUCUCCUGGAAGGCCCGGGACAGGUGGAGCCGAGUGUGGAGCCGCAAGAGCUGGCGCGGGAGGGUUCGGAGCUUUUCUUGUAG